AUGGCCCUUGUCCGGCUACUAGCCGUCCACAGCACGCCCCUUGCCGCAGUAUGUCUGCUUCUGACCGCGUGUCUCGCCCUGCGCGCCGUCGUCGCCCGGCACCAGUCCCGCAGACGGCGGCGGCAGGGUGUUCCGCUGCCCCCCGGCCCCCCCGGCGAGCCGAUCCUGGGCCACCUCCGCGUCAUCCCAACCGACAACCCGGAACACGCCUACGCCGCGUGGUCGAAAGAGUACGGGUCCGACGUGCUGUACUUCAACGUCCUGGGCCAGGACGUUGUCGUCCUCAACUCGGUCCGCGCCGCCGUCGACCUCCUGGACCGGCGCGGCGCCAACUACUGCGACCGCCCGCGCUUCGUCCUGUUCGAGGAGAUGGGCUGGCGGCGCACGCUGACGUUCCUGCGGUGGGGCCCCGCGUUCCGGAUGCACCGCAGCGUCCUGCAGAAGAGCCUCUCGCGGACGAGCAUCCCGGCGUACCGCGGCCUGCAGCAGAAGGAGGCCCGGACGCUGGUGGAGGGCAUCGUGAGGGAUCCCGGGUCGUGGGAGACGGCCUUGCGGAGGUUCGCGACGGCGGUCGUGAUGAGCAUCGGCUUCGGGGUCGACGUGGAGAGCGACGACGACCCGUAUAUCCGGAUCGCCGCGGACGCGUCGUACGCCCUCGGCCACGGAGGGGCGCCGGCCGGGACCCUUGUCGACUAUUUCCCCCUACUGAGGCAUCUGCCGGACUGGCUGGUCAGAGACCGCUCUCUCAAGUUCGCGCGGGACUGGAAAUGGGCCAUCCGGCAGCUCCACGACGUGCCGUAUGCGGCGGUGGUGGCGCAGAAGAGUCCGGAACACAGCCUAGUUAAAAUCAUGCUCGAUCUGCAAAGAGAACAGGCGGCAGCAGGGUCUCCAGAGUUGGCGGUGGACGACAUAAAGGGGGCCGCAGGGGCGGUCUACGCCGCGGGUCAGGACACGACCUGGUCCACCCUCGUCGUCUUCGUCCUCAACAUGGUCCUCCACCCCGAGGUGCAGGAGAAGGCCCAGAGGAUGAUUGACGAGGUCGUCGGAGACGCCAGGCUACCCACGUUUGAGGACCGACCGAGGCUGCCGUACAUCGACUACAUCGUCCAGGAGACCCUGCGAUGGUGCCCCGUUUCCCCCCUCGGGGUGCCCCACCGCUCUUUGGAGGACGACGUAUACAACGGCAUGUUCAUACCGAAAGGUUCCUUCGUCUACGCGAAUGCCCGCGCCAUGACGCACGACGAGCGCACGUACUCGGAUCCCGGCCGCUUCGAUCCCGAUCGGUACGGCCCCGUCGAGCAAGGCGGCCGCGGCGAGCCGUUCCCCGUAGGGCAUUUCGGCUUCGGCAGGAGGUUGUGCGUAGGGCAACAUCUCGCCGAGGCCAACGUGUGGAUUGUAGUCGCCUCUCUGCUCGCGGCGGUCGAAAUAGGAAGAGAAAUAGGCCCCGAGGGAGAGGAGGUUGUACCCGAGGUGGAGUUGACUAACGGCCUUACAAGUCACCCUAAGCCCUUCCCGUGUCGAAUCAAGGCCAGGGAUCAGCGACGUUGGGGUUUGCUAGGUGCUCGUAGUGUAUAA